UUCUCCUCAUCCGUCUUUUAGAGCCAUCCCAGUGUUUUUUCUAGCUUAUAAAACAUGUUGGGUUCCUGAAGGAGCAGAGAACACCAUGUGAGGAGGCCCAGAGGGCCUGAGGGCAGCAAGGAGGCAGCCAAGAACAAGAGACUCCCGAUCCAGGGGCAAGACUGGUGUGCCAAAAUGUCAGUGCUCAGCCCUAUACUGACUCCCCCUGAGGUGAAGGAAUACCUGACCAAGGGAGAACGCUUUAUCAAGUGGGAUGAUGACACCACAAAUGCUUCUCCUGUGAUUCUACGGGUUGAUCCAAAGGGUUUUUAUCUAUACUGGACCUUCCAGAGUAAGGAAAUGGAUUUUUUGGACAUAACAAGUAUUCGAGAUACCAGAGUGGGGAAAUUUGCCAAGAUCCCUAAGAGCCAGAAGCUCCGGGAGGUUUUCAACCUGGAUUUCCCAGACAACAACUUCUUGCUCAAGACUUUGACUGUGGUUUCUGGACCAGAUAUGGUGGACCUCACCUUUCAUAAUUUUGUUUCCUAUAAAGAAAAUGUGGGAAAGAGCUGGGCAGAGGACAUCUUAGCCAUUGCUAGGAAUCCAUUUACAUGUAAUGCCUGCCGUUACAGCUUCCUGGAAAAAAUACUGGUGAGGCUGAAGUUGCAGUUGAAUGCUGAUGGGAAAAUUCCUGUCAGAAA